ACUUGUUAAAGAAAUCACAGGGAAAUCCAAAAUGACAACAAACAAUGUUAUGCUUGUGUCCCUUUUAUUUUUACACUGUUUUCUAUAGUCUUCUUUCCCCAAUCCCUAGCAAUGACCAUCCGAGCUAAGAUCGAACGAUUUAAACCCAAACAAAAUUUCACUGGCGAAAUGGCACCCAAUGACUUGCGAAGUCCCCUUUCGCGUCGGCCGGAUCAUGGUUUCGUUGCAAAUAUAUCUAUUGGUGAGCCUGCCGUCUACCAGUUGGUACUAGUAAACACGGGUAGCAACAUAUUCUGGAUUCAAUGCUGCCCAUGCAAAAAAUGUGGAGAUCAAAACCAAAUUCCUCAUUACGACGUUGACAAAUCAUCAACGUAUUCCAAAGUUUCUUGCGACUCUUGGACGUGUCGCGAGUUCGAUGGGCAAUGUAAUGAAUGGCUUGAGUGCAUAUACAUAUCGGCAUACAUAGAUUGCACUUGGUCUAGAGGAAUUGUUAGUGAAGACACUCUUCAUUUCAUUACCUCCGAUAACGAGGUGGAGAGUGUUCCCAAUGUAGCUUUUGGGUGCGGAACAUAUAAUUAUGGAGAUGAAUUCGGGUACGAGUACAGUGGGAUACUUGGUUUAGAGCCAAGUGAAGCAUCGGGAAUGACACAAAUCGGAUACCAAUUUUCCUAUUGUAUUGGGCAUAUCAAGGACAUUAAUGAUUCAUACAGUCACCUCAUCAUGGUGACGAGGCGAGGUUAGAGGGGGAUUCAACACCCUUGGAAAUCUUUAAUAGCUCAUAUUAUGCUAUGUUGGAUGGGAUUAGCAUGGGAGAAAUGCUUAUAGCAGACAAAAAGCUGGAAACAUUCAACAGGUUCCGAAAAUUAAAACCGGCGGCCUGUUAUGCUUUGAGGGCCGUGUCUCGGAGGAUUUAGAAAACUUUACCGAGGUCAUAUUUCACUUUAGUGGAGGUGCCGAUUUAGCUGUGGGACCAGAUGCUCUAUUUGACCAAUCUCGCCAAAGGGUUUUUUGCAUGACUAUUUUGCCAACCUCGGCAAAUCUGUCUAUUCUAGAUCAUGAAGCAGAAAAUCUCACAAUUAUAGGCAUAUCAGCAACGCAAGACCAUAAUUUCGGGUUUGACAUAAAGGAAAAACUUGUGUACAUAGAGGAUGUUGACUGUAAGACGCUAUCAGAU